GCUCUCUUCCUCCCCAUCGGAUCCCCGACGCUGCUGAUGGAGCGGAGCGAGUACAGCGACUUCCUGCGGGAGCUGGGUAUACAAAUGCACUACCCUGAGCGAAGACCGACCUGCAUCGUUUGUGUGUCCGCUCGAUGGAUCUCCGAGACAGAGGAGGUCAAAGUCAUGAGUAGCCCCUCCCCCAAGACCGUCCACGACUUCUUCGGGUUCGCCGAGAGCCUCUACCAGGUCCAGUACCUGGCAAGAGGAGAUGCGGAGUUUGCAGCUCAGGUGGGGGAGGCCCUGGAGAGGUGGGAAAUACCCUGGAAGUUCGAUGGCACGAGGGGGUACGACCUGGGCUGCUGGUCGCCCCUCUCCCUCAUCUUCCCCGCAGCAGACGUUCCCAUCCUUCAGGUCUCGCUCUCCGGCAACUUGGACGAGGCGUUUCAUGUCAGGCUGGGCAAGGCGCUCGGCGAACUCCGCGACUGCGGCUUCCUCCUGGUGUGCACUGGAGGGGUGACACAUUCGCUGCUCGACCUCUCCUUCGGGGAGAGCGAUCCGAAUCCAGCAUGGCAGUCGGCAGAUGAGGCCUGGGAUGCGAGAAGCUCGAAGCUGUGCUCCUGGAACAAGCACAAGGACGACAACAUCCGCAUCGCUGCUUCCUCCUCUCAUCCUACCCGCGAGCACUUCCUCCCACUCCUGGUUGCCUCGGGAUCCGGAGGGCCCAGGUCG